GCAGUUCCCAGAGGAGGGGGGGUGGUGGGGACAAAGGUCGCUCUCCUGCAGCCAGCUUGCCACAACUCCCUGAGACCUCCCAGGUGGCAGCUGCCUCCCCUGGACAGGCUCCUCCGCCAUGACCAAACUGAGUGCCCAGGUCAAAGGCUCCCUCAACGUCACCACCCCGGGUGUGCAGAUAUGGAGGAUCGAGGCCAUGAAGAUGGUGCCUGUUCCUUCCAGCACCUUUGGGAGCUUCUACGACGGUGACUGCUACAUAGUCCUGGCUAUCCACAAGACGGGCAGCAACUUGUCCUAUGACAUCCACUACUGGAUCGGUCAGUCCUCGUCCCAGGAUGAGCAAGGGGCAGCUGCCAUCUACACCACACAGAUGGACGACUUCCUGAAGGGCCGGGCCGUCCAGCACCGUGAGGUCCAGGGCAGCGAGAGCGAGGCCUUCCGAGGCUACUUCAAACAGGGCCUGGUGAUCCGGAAGGGGGGUGUGGCUUCUGGCAUGAAGCAGGUGAAGACCAACUCCUACGAGGUCCGGAGGCUGCUGCACGUCAAGGGCAAGAGGAAUGUGGUGGCUGGAGAGGUGGAGGUGUCUUGGAACAGUUUCAACUGCGGGGAUGUUUUUCUCCUGGACCUGGGGAGGAUUAUCAUCCAGUGGAAUGGGCCGGAGAGCAGCCGCAUGGAGAGACUCCGGGGCAUGACCUUGGCCAAGGAGAUCCGAGACCAGGAGCGGGGUGGGCGGACUUACGUGGGCGUGGUGGAUGGGGAGAAUGAGAUGGAGUCCCCGAAGCUGAUGGAGAUCAUGAACCAUGUGCUGGGCCAGCGGGGGUCCCUGAAGGCCGCGGUGCCCGACGACUUGGUGGAGCCCGCGGUCAAGGCCGCCCUCAAGUUGUACCACGUGUCGGACUCAGAGGGAAAGCUGGUGGUUAGAGAAGUCGCCACAAGGCCACUCACCCAGGACCUGCUCAGUCACGAGGACUGUUACAUUCUGGACCAGGGGGGACUGAAGAUCUACGUGUGGAAGGGGAGGAAUGCCAACGCCCAGGAGCGGACGGGAGCCAUGAACCAAGCCUUGAACUUCAUCAAAGCGAAGCAGUACCCGCCCAGCACGCAGGUGGAGGUGCAGAAUGACGGGGCUGAGUCGGCUGUCUUUCAGCAGCUCUUCCAGAAGUGGACUCUGCCAAACCAGACUUCAGGCCUGGGCAAAACCCACACCCUGGGCUCCGUGGCCAAAGUGGAGCAGGUGAAGUUUGAUGCCACAUCCAUGCACGUGCAGCCUCAGGUGGCUGCCCAGCAGAAGAUGGUGGACGACGGGAGUGGAGAGGUGGAGAUGUGGCGCAUUGAGGAUCUAGAGCUGGUGCCGGUGGAUUCCAAGUGGCUAGGACACUUCUACGGGGGUGACUGCUACCUGCUCCUCUACACCUACCUGAUCGGCGAGAAGAAGCACUACCUGCUCUACAUUUGGCAGGGUAGCCAGGCCAGCCAGGAUGAAAUAGCAGCGUCUGCUUAUCAAGCCGUCAUCCUGGACCAGAAGUACAACAACGAACCUGUCCAGAUCCGGGUCCCGAUGGGCAAGGAGCCACCGCACCUCUUGGCUAUCUUCAAGGGACGAAUGGUGGUCUACCAGGGAGGCACCUCGAGGGCCAACCAGCUGGAGCCAGUGCCCUCCACCCGGCUGUUCCAGGUGCAGGGAACCAGCGCCAACAACACCAAGGCCUUUGAGAUCCAACCCCGGGCCAGCUCCCUCAACUCCAACGACGUCUUCAUCCUUAAGACCCAGUCCUGCUGCUACCUGUGGUGCGGGAAGGGCUGUAGCGGGGAUGAGCGCGAGAUGGCUAAGAUGGUUUCGGACAACAUCUCCAGAACAGAGAAGCAAGUGGUGGUGGAGGGGCAGGAGCCGGCCAGCUUCUGGGUAGCCCUGGGUGGAAAGGCUCCCUACGCCAGCACCAAGAGGCUGAAGGAGGAGACUCUUGCCAUCACCCCCCGGCUCUUUGAAUGUUCCAACCAGACUGGGCGCUUCCUGGCCACGGAAAUCCCUGACUUCAAUCAGGAUGACUUGGAAGAGGAGGAUGUGUUCCUGCUCGAUGUCUGGGACCAGGUCUUCUUCUGGAUUGGGAAGCAUGCCAACGAGGAGGAGAAGAAAGCCGCAGCCAUCACGGCCCAGGAGUACCUCAAGACCCAUCCCAGCGGCCGUGACCCCGAGACCCCCAUCAUUGUGGUGAAGCAGGGACAUGAACCCCCCACCUUCACAGGCUGGUUCCUGGCGUGGGAUCCCUUCAAGUGGAAUAACACCAAAUCCUAUGAGGACUUGAAGGCGGAGCUUGGAAACUCCGGGGACUGGGGUGAGAUCACUGUGGAGAUCACCAGCUCUAAGCUGGACACAUUCGAUGUGAACAGCAACCUCGUUUCUGGGCCUCUACCCAUCUUUCCCCUGGAGCAGUUGGUGAACAAGCCUGUGGAGGAGCUCCCCGAGGGGGUGGACCCCAGCAGGAAGGAGGCACACCUGUCCAUCGAGGAUUUCACCAAGGCCUUUGGGAUGACACCCACUGCCUUCUCUGCCCUCCCUCGAUGGAAGCAACAAAACCUCAAGAAAGAAAAAGGCCUGUUUUGAGAAGUGGGAGCGGUUGUGGUUGGCGAGCACUUCCCUACCUUGCUUGCAGUUUUGUUGUUUUCAUGACUGGUAUAUUAGUCCUAUACUAAUUUUGCAGUGAAAUUUUACCUGUGAGCAACCUCUCUACUCUUCCAGAGUGGUACCUCCAUAAAGAGACUGUCGUUCCAAUUUCAGCUCUUAAACAGGCGGUCGGUCGCACUGUUUCGACUCUGGCGUGGUAAUGUCACUCUUGACCAUCCUGUUCUAGAGCCUCCCUUCUUAGAGGAGAGCGAACACUCCACUGGACAUCCUAAUUCUGAGGAAUCCUCCCUAGGUUUCCCUCCUGUAACUGAUGUUUAGCCAUGAGAGUGGAAGGAAGCAUUUUGUGGUUGCACAUCUUUCCCCAAGUAAGGGCUUUUCUUUCUCACUUGCUCUCCUCACUGACUUAGACGAGAAGUUAAAGGGCACUCCUUUGCAAGAGCUGAAUGGCCUGGGAAAGGGCCCUGUUUGGAAGUUUCACAACACUAACCGGUCCCCAGCGAGAGCAGCACACCCACUGGGUCCAGAAUGGAGGUCAGUUCACCCCCGGUCUGGUACUAAUACGGCAAAGAGCUUAGCUAAGGCCGAUGCCGAGUUUACAAGCCAUGAUCCAGAACCUCUGCCACGCUCCCCGAAGGGCCAUUUGUCGUUUUGCCCCUCCAUCUCCCUGAGGGUGGAAUGGUGCCGCAUGGAAGUCCGAGUCAGAAAGCCAGCAGAAAGUGAAUGCACAACCUCAACACACGGUGGUUCAGUGUCUGCAAGGAUAAGUCCUUUCCAGAAAUAACAGUCAAACCAACACAAGGUUAAUAAAGGCUUUAAUUUCACACACACAGAAAACUCUAUGCAUAAUUUAAAAAGGAAAACAAAAACAAGGAAAAACCGUAAAGGAUACAGAGGAACAGUUCUGCUAAAACACAGAUAAAGUGCCGCUCCAUACGAACAACAUAAAGAAUCAGAAUCAAGUCACUCUGAACACAAAGAAAGAAAAUCACCUCACAAAUGAUGUGGCCAAAGCUGCCAGCAAAUCUGGUAGUGGCUCAAUUAGGCAAAGUGUAGGACCCUUCCUUCUGUCUUCCUCUCUAUAGCGUAAGUAAACAACACUGACAACAGGCCAGAGGAACUGGGAUGGAAGGACAAGGUCCGAGAGGGAGGGAAACCUGGGGACAGGAGCUGCGUAGUCUCACUCCCUGUAUGGCCUCUGUUCUUGAAACCGGCCAGGUCAGUGGAUUGCUCUUGUUUUGGCAUCUGACCUUCUGAACCUGGGUCUUGAUCCAGACCUGCAUCCCCUCUACUGUUUCACCAGUGAACAUGCCUAUACUUUGAACCUCUUAAUGUACUUUAAGAAAAGUUCAAUGUUACUAAAAUCAACUGCUUUAUACUUAUACUGGCACACUUUUAUUAAAAACUUCAAAAACCUCAGACAUAUAGCACACAUGGAAAGAAAAACUUACUGUGUAUAAAUAUGCUACAACGGAAGAGACGGCCGGAAGUCCAGUAAUCAAGCAUGCCGUAAAGGAGUCAGUGAGCGCAGUGACAACAGCAAAAGAAUGGUCACAAAACUCUCAAGGCCUACCAAACUAUAGUUUUCCAAUAAAAUCUGUAUGUUUUCCAGAUGUUAAUAAGACAUACCAACAGAGACAAAAUUAGGAUUUUGAAGUACUGCAUUCAAAAGACAUCAGAUGGCAGAAACCCAUUAGCUUUUGUACUACUUGAGAGCAUUUCUCAGUGGCAAAGCAAGAUGGGGAGAAGGAAAAGGACACGCCUGUUUCGUGGGGGAUACUCAACGGGACUUGCCCGUGGUACCAGGUUGUUUUUUCUAAAAAUCUCCAGAUAUAUACAAGAUCCAAAUGUACUUGGGAGAUCUAGCUCUGUUUCCCUGAUUUAAAACUCCACCUAUGGGGGUGUGGGGUGGGGGGGGUGCUGCCAAUUAAAGCAAAGAGA